AUGUUCUUGGCAUGGAAUGAACGUGGAAGCAGCAUAAAAGAUGCCAAACUGCUGAAUGUGAAAACAGAGGAAGGUAUUAGAGUUAAGUGUUUAUAAACCGCGUUGGUUUAUAAAGAUUUCGCCACUGAGAAUAAACCGACGUUUCUUACUGUUUCUUUGACUUUUUCUUUGUUUCUCUGUCUUCUUCUCUGCACUAUGAAACUGAGAUUUGUGAAAAUCCCAUGAAAAUCACUUGAAAAUACCAUGAACAUCAUUUCAUGGCCAAUGAAUCUUGCAAAAUAAUUUUUCAUGACCUCAUCUGUGGCCAUGAAAUUUUCGUGGAAAAAAAGUUCAAGGUGUUUCAUGGCCCAUGAAUUAAACUGGACUACUUUCAUGGGUCAUGAAUUUCCAAUGAAACACCACAUUAUGGAAACAUACCAAGAAAGUUCAAUGAUGGAGCCAUGAAAAACGUUUAAUGGGCCAUGAAAUAAAUACUGAAUUUGAUUUGUGAGUCAUGAAAAAUGUAUGAAUGAUUUCAUGGCUCAUUAAUUUCCCAUGAAAAUGCUGAUGAUGAAAGCAGUGCCACUGUGAAUUAAUGCCUUGAAUAAAUAUUUAACAACUUUGCAGCAAGAACACUGCAUUCCAUAAUAUUUACAAAAUGUACAUGUAUUCAAUAAAUGAAAUAGUACGUUUUGGGUUGUACUAGAAUUAGCUAUACACUAACGAAACUAGUACUUUGGGCUGCACUAUUAACAGUCAACUUUCAACAAGACAGAUCCACUCUGAGACCAGCUAGCACAACAUCUUAAGUUUUUGUCUAUUGUAUCAAUAGUUAGAGAAAAAGACAGACACAUGUAUGAACAGGCUCCAAGUACCUCUUUAAAGAAAGUUGACUGUACUGUACAUGUAUGUGCUACUCAACAUGAAUUAAACAUGCAAUGUACAAUACCAUUCAGAUGUGUAUACUUAUUAUAAAAACAUCUGAAUACACUGUAUAUAAAAAAAACCAGCGAAAUUCUAUCCAUGCAUGUAGAGGUAUACGCUAUCUACUGCAUGGUUCGAUUAUAAAAUGGUUUCAUCUGCUCAAGAGAAAACAAAGGAGUUAAAUAUUACAACUUGAAUGAACCAACCUUUACUUGCUGUGUAGAAUGCUUUUUCAAAUGUUCUACUGAAGUACCCUUAAUGAGGCAGAGUGUGGUCUUGUAUCAAAAAAGGAAUAUCCAUAAAAUAGUCUUGAAUCGAGAUAAGAUCACGGGGUCAGAUCAUCAUCUACUUUCUAUUUGUUAAACUGAAUCACCAGUAUAAAAACUAAAUUCUUCUGAUAAAUCUUUAACACUCUGCAAAUUAUGUAACGUAAUCAAUUCUUGUUGAAAAUGAUUUGGAUGAUUUAAGUGUAACUUACUUGAUUAAAAAUACAGUGUUCAGGCCGUUUUAUGUAUUACACACAGCACAAAAUGUAAACAAGAUUUUUCCUGGCUUUCAUGAUAAUGUUAAAGCUAUCAAGUCAAGAGGCAAGAGCUGGCCUGGGUUGAAAAGUGCAUGCUACAUUUCUAAAGUACAGAAGUACAGUUACAAAUAAUGUUUCAAUAAAGAGGCAUCUUCAAAGGCCAACAAUGCUAUUUUAUUGAAAAAGGUAACCAAAAUUUAGCAACAACUGUGACUAUUGUACAUUUUGAACAUUAUUAAUAGUUUAUGGUAGUACCCUGAAUUUUCAAUCCAUUUUAACAUGUAGAAAUACAGUCAUGUACUUGUUGUAAACAUACACUUAGGAGGCUAGCAAGACAUUUAUGAAAAAAAAGUAUAUAUAUAUAUAUACAAUGCAGUGUUGAAGGUUUAAGUAAAUCCAGUUUACAUGCUAAAAUGUGUAAAUUCUUAGCUGCAUUUGUUGCCUCCCAUAGCACUGCUUGAACCUUGGUAGUAAAUUUUCCUUCUGUUUGAAAACUGAACCUGUCACAGAAUGAUUAAUAUCACAAUUAGCAACUGAAAAUUUGCUCUAAAUUAGAGGUUCUGCAAAUAAGACGUAGGUUCACUAUUUCAGUAAGACUGAGUGGAGUCCAAUUUAGUCUGCAAUCAUACAUGUACAAGUGUUUAACAAAAUCAGAAAACUGUGUAGCAGGAGUCCAAUUUGUUUAAUCACGAGUACAGCUGUACAACACUGUAUGAAUACUGACUGAAUUAGAGGACAUGAAGGUCUGUUAGACUAAUGAUUAGUAAUAAAAAAUCAUUAAUCCUAACCUUUGCAAAAGAAAAGGGAAAAGGUCAACACAUGGACAGUUGUAUAUAUGAGCCAGUGCUAGUGCUUUUGUAUAAAUUGUGACUAAAUAAACUCGUUGCUUGUUGAUAUAUAAAUUGUGGUCAUCGCUGUACAAAACAGUCAAGUAAAUAAAAAAAAAAUUGAAGAGUUAAAUUUUGAUAUCAAUAAUACAUUGCAACGGACUAAUGUCAUGUUGAAAUAUUGUGAUCAAUGUCUCUUUUACAUGUAGUACUGGCACCUAUCAAAGCAGUCCACUCAUCUUCAUUACCACGAGCCAAACCAUUUUAUAAGCCACUCUCAAAUGAAGCUGUAUAUUUAUCAACCAGAACAGAACUAAAUCAUAGGAAUUACAUUGUAUACAGUGUGUAAAAUGAACAUGCAAGUGCAGUUUUGGCGAUGCAAGCAUAAGCAAAAGAGAUUAUAGGUUGGUGAGGAUGGCCUUAACAGAAGCACAAGAAUAAACACAAGAAUAAAACGUAAAACCGUACCUUGUGGAGAAUUGUUUCUAGCUUUGCCGCUGAAGGGUCCAGUUUGAUAAAUUAUCAAAUCCUAAAUCCUAAUUAUUAGGAUUUCCGUACGGCCCCACUCAUACAUUAUGCUUGCAGGAGCCAUUUUCAUACUAUUUUACACAAACAGUUGAUGUGAAGGGAAUCGAAACAUAAGACUUAAGCUUACAUGUAAGCUUAAAUGCGUAAAAUAUGAUCUGAAUAUUGCUGUACGGAAAUAUUACACGUGCAGUGUAUGAGUAUCUUGUUAGCUUUAAUCUGUUACAAUGCUUCGCUACAUAUCGUACCUCACUGUACACUGUAAAGACUGGUCCAUCUUCCGCUUUGAUGUAGGUGACGAUCUUUUUCCUUGUAAAACUAUCACAGCACUGUAAAUUCCCUAAAAACUCGCCUUGAAGUUGAAAAUGAUGGCUGUUGAUUACUCGAUCAAAGUUCGAUUGGUUUUUGGCGCUCACGCUGUAAAAUGGUCAGCAGUGAUGCUCGAAUUAGAGGCGCGGUCGCAAGGCAAACCGGUUUGAGGGCGGUUCAAAUUGAAACUAACGGCUUCGCUAGUGUUGGGUUUUGUUCGCUCUGAUUGUAAGUUUAGGAAGAAUCUUCGGAUUCAAAACAUGUUUUAACCUUUAGCGCAAAAGUUUAAGAAACGUCACUUGUUGCGCGACUGUGAGGAACCAUAAUCGAUCGCUUUUUUGGGUAACAUGUAACGAAAACUUCGCACCGCUGAUAUCAGAUCAUCGGCUGGAUUCGGUAAACGAUUUUAGGUGAGUUUUGUUUUUAAUCAUUCUUAAGUAGUGCUUGUUUAUUGUAGAUUACUUGCUACUAAAGCGAAAUAAUCAUAGUUUCGUCGUUGUGUGCUGGGGCACAGUCAGACAGAGCCGCGAUUACAGUUCAAGUUGAUCAUGAUGUAAGAAAUAUAAGCUUUGCGGAACACAAUGUGACAGAGGCUGUGCAUGGUCUUUGUUAAGUUUAUUUUUACCGAAAUGAUGUUUGAUGGGCAUGACGAUCCUUUUUUCAAGCGACAAAUCAGUUUCUUCGACGAACGGAUUCACUCGGGGGAAGCCAUACAGGGGUCAUGACCUUGAUCAGAACAGAAAUGAAAGAAGUAAAUUGUUUAGACACCGGAUGUGCAUGUGACCAAAAUAAAAGUCUUGCUUGACACAAAAAGUCUCACUAUUCUAACCUUGAAAUUGUUAUGCAUGGGUCAAUUCCAGCUGCGCCCAGAGUUAUAAUUUAUGUUAUGAAUAGUUUUAUAAAUAUGAAAGGAUGCUUUUCAAAUAAUGUCAACAGAAAUUUGAUUUAAUGACCAAAAACGCUGAUUCACUUUGAUAGCUCCAGAUUUCGCUAUGUAAUUCUGGCUUGAUAAGCAAUGAAGAAAUGCAUGCAUGCAUAAAAUCAAGAACAUGCCUUUACAUGGCCUUUGAGCCAAUCUGUUUUCUUUCCCAGUGAAAUCCUUUGUGUAGUUAUAUUCUGAUAGGAAACAACGUGUGUGUCAAAAGCUCGGGAAUGGCUGAGGGGUUGGCAAAUGCCCGGCCCCCGGGCAGCACAAAAAUUUGCAAAUGCCCCAGCCCCGGGACUGACAAGGCGGGCAAAUGCCCUGCAGUAGCCUGGGGGGGCGCUGGGCGCAGCUGGAAUUGACUGAUCCAUUACUCCGUUGUUCUGAUCAUUAAGCACUAGAGCAUAUUAUUUUCCUUCAAAGUAGGGGAUUCUUUUUUUAAUAGGGAAGAAGUUUCAAUCUUUGUCUACACUACUGUAUCUGGCUUAGCUAGGGUAGAAAAGUUGAACUACAGUAUGCUAUAUAUCAGGGUUCGCAAAUACACCAAAUUUGGCGUAUUUUACGCCAAAAUUGUUCAGCUGACUCCACAGAGGUCACUUCGACUCCAGAAAUUUUCGGUAACAAACAGGGAGCCACUUCGACUCCAGAAAUUUUCGGUAACAAACACAGUUUUAUCCUUACCUUUUUUGCAACAAAUACAAUUUACGUUAAUUGUUAACGUUGUAAACCUUAAUUAAAUCAUCAAAAUUAAAGAAUUAUACUGCACGACAAAACAGGAAGAGGGCAAAUUACGAUCAAAGUUUACUCGAUGACCGCCAUCAUGGAUUUGAGCUUUCCAGGUCAGCGGACCGCCACAGCUACUUUGUGUAUCCAUAACGAUAGUGUAUACAUGCUAGGACCACGUGCUGGAAAGUCUGAAAAUGGCUUUUUUCGUUGUGAUACUUGACUCCAAAUAUUCCAAAAUGACUCCAAAAUUUGUGAAGCAGAAGUCACAGUGACUCCACUCAUCAAUAAAAUUUGCAAACCCUGUAUAUAUGGUUGGCUCUGCUGAUGGAACUGUUCAAAAUUCAUUCCAACAAACCUGACAACAGUAAAUUACAUGUAUGUAUUAAAGCAGAUUGUUUACAAUCAUGCCAGGGUAAGCAGGGAUGUAGCCUGUGUACAAGCGCCCCCUCUCCUCAGUAAGAAUCAGAGAAGGGGCGUCUGUGAUGCACCAUUGGUAAUCGGGUAUGGAGGCCACGUGAUUUUUCCUGGAAUAUGUGGAAAAUGAUUUGAUUGGCUGUUAUUUGUAGAUCAUUACAGUGUGUACAUCAUGAAGUUGAGGGAUUUUGAUUGGCUUUAGGGCCUGUCAUCAAAACUCAAGCAAAACAAUAAUGCUAGGGUCACGUUUCACACUAUCAUGAGCUCAUGAGUCAUGUCUGACUUGUCAACACUUUAUUUCAAACUAAUGACUUCCCGUAUCCAGUGGGAAGGCUUGCAUAAGAACAUGGAUCUUUUCCUUCAAUAUGGGCUCGUAAGAACAUUUUUCUUGCUCGGUAUAGAGUAAUCCUAUUUUAGAAAUGUGUCACUCUCUCAGUUACUCGAUGGAAAUAACACGCAUGCACCGACAUUUUGAGAACUGGAAUGACAUGAAACAUGAGCCAUGGAAAUUUUGGUCAGUGGAAACAAUUUUUUUAAUUUAUGCAAAGUUAUUCCCAUUCACGAUUAGCAACAGGGAAUCACAGACGCCCCUUCUCUGAUUUUUACUUAGGGGAGGGGGUGGUCUGUACACAGGCUAACAGGGAUGUGGUUAAGAGCUGGCUGCCAGCUAGUUCAACCAGCUGAAAAAGAGCUUACCACCAGCUGAAUUUGCAAACCAAACCAAAGACAUAUGGGAAUUUUAGAGACGCAGUAGUGCAAAAAAGCCGGCUUGACCUUUAACAAAGCCUGCUUAUCCAUAUAUUUCAUUAAUGAAUCGGUUAUUUUAAAAAUAAUGAUAUCCUUUUGUGUGGUUUGCGUCAUCAAAACCAUUGUUUUAUUAUUUAAGGAUGGAUCAAAUGUUCUACAUGAAAUCUUGACAUGAUUCUGCUGUUAAUUUUGUUUAGAUGUUGCUGCAUUUCAAUAUUCAUUGUAUCACUGUACUUACAAGAUGGAUCUGAUGGCUGAGGCAACAACAGUGACCAAAGAUAAGAUUUACAUUUUUUUGUUAUUGUAACACAACAACUUUAGUUUUCACUUAAAUGAUUUGUCUUGUACAGCUGUUCAUUUGCUAUUAGCUAAAAUAAACAUCUGUAUUGGCCUUGAAAAUGAGCUUUUUUUAUUUCAUUGAAACUUGUCCAAACUAAGUAGGAUGGAACCCUUGAAAUUUGUUGUUCAUUUUCAAUGGUGAAAUUUGGUACGUCAUGAUUGUAGCCUGGAGAGGAGAUACAGUACAUGUAUUCCAGAUGAAUUUUGUAUUGCAAUGACACUUUUUUUGUCAUUAAUGGCCUUAUUUACACUGUAGUACACCAUACUAAAGUGCAGUCAAGUUAAAAUGCAGACUGCAGACUGUGCAGACUGUAGAUUUUUUUUAAAUAAGCCCUGAGAAUAGUAAUUAGGGUUAAGCACUGACUUGAAAAACAGUUAGCUUUUAUUUAGGGUUAGGGUUGUUGCUACAUGUAUAUAGCUUCAAUUUAACCAGCCAACAAAUCCUCAGUGAUGUAUUUGAUUUAACAGUCGAGAGUAGUUUAAGACUAAAUUUUCAUGGUAGCCAUGUCUUUGUCUUUCCCAUGAAAAAUAAGAGAGGGCCAUAAUUCAUGGGUAAUGAAAAUGUCAUCAAAAGCCAUUUCAUUUUUUCAUGACCCAUUAAUAUUCGACCGUUCACGGAAAAAUCAUGGUUUUUUUAUGGGGCAUGAAUUUAACAACCCCAUGAAAAACCCAUAAAUUCCGACACCAUGAAAAAAGAGCUUUUUAAUUCAUGGCUUUUUCAUUAUCAUUAAAAAGCCAUGAAAAAAAAUUAGCGGGUUUCAUUCUAUUUCAUGGCAUUUUCAUGGGAUUUUUGUUUGUUAAAGUUUUUUCAUGGGCCAUGAAGCGUUGAAUUUUAAGGGGUUUUUUCACGCUUUUUUCAUUUUAUUUUCAUGGCAUGUUCCCCAUGAAAUACCAAUGAAAAUUCCCCAUCAAAAUCUCCUGAAAAACCUGUGAAAAACAUGUGAAAUUACCAUGAAAAAUUUCACUGGAUUUUCAUGGGUUUUAAUUUCAUAGUGCUGUCUGUCUGUCUGUCUGUCUGUUUGUUUCUUUUACCGGUGAUCCAUUAUGCGCGGUUGUUAGAGUUUAGUACAUGUUCCUUUAAAUUAUUAUGCCAUCAGGUCUUUGUUGGCCCAGACCUAGGCAGGGCCUUUACAGUUUCAAAGUACACUGAAGUCAGUCUACACGGAAUAGUUCCUUAUAAGAUAGCGACUUAUGUAAGUAAGAUUAGCUUAGAAUGGCAAUAUUUUAGAACUUCGUCCGGAAUUGUAAGUAGUUAGCACACUCGAAAUGUUGCGCCCUACCUUUAUCGGCAGCCUUACCAGCUUGGCUAUUAGCCUGUGCCGUUCUAUUUUGGAAGGGUUCCGCGAGAACUGCCCCUACAAGGUCCGAUUAUACAGCAUCUAAAAUACAGCCUGCGAUAACAAAUAUUCUCUGGCUUUUACAAAGCCCCGCCAUCACUGGUCAAAUCACAGCCCCCAUUAAAGAAUAAAGCCAUUAUUACAGUAGGCUAAGAUAGAAAAAUACGGAUUGCGUCAAGAACCAAUAGGAUUCGGUUUGAAGUUUUUAGAAUUUCAUUUAGUAAAAAAGACGGACAAUUUGUCAUAAGUUUCUGUUAUCUUAACUCACACCGAUGGCACGUUUCAUUGAUGUUUCAAUAUAAAAGCACUCACUCAUUUCAUCAUAGGCGUUCCAUUCAAGCCGAAAACUCUUGGGGUAAAAAAAAAACCGUGCGGAGCAUUUGAGGUCACUUGGAAUCCACCAACCCUAGACUCUGGUGGCGGUCCUCUCACUGGUUAUCAGGUUCAGUUAAAGCAGAAACUCUCAAAGUUAAUAAUGGAAAAUGGUGGCUGGCGCAACUGCACGGCCUUCUCUUCAAAUCAUAGCUGUUUGUUCAAAGACCUGCGGAAUAAGACAGAGUAUCAAAUUCGAGUCCGUGCUUUUAAUAAGAAGGGCCCGGGUCAAUGGGCAGACAUUGCCGAAACUACGGAUUUAAUUGGUAAGUAUUCCAUCUUAAUAUUGUUGUAUUACACAAAAGUCAUGGUAACUUUAAUUUGUGGUACUCAAUCAUUAUAACUUUUUUACAGCUCCCUUUUAGAUUUAUUUCUACUCUACGUGUUUACUUCAUGCAGUUCGACAUUCUUUCCUCAUCGUUACUCCCUUCUUUUUAACAAUACUUGCAUUCAUUUUCUAUUUAAGUGUACCUUUGAGGGUGCUCAUUUAUAUGUUCACUCCUUUGUUUUCCCUACCAACUAAUUGAUUUAUCCUUACCGACAAACAUUGUUUUGUUUUGCUGAAGUAAUUAAUCUAUCAGGUUAUUGUAGGACCGCCUGAUGUUUCCGAAAUAAUAAACAAUGAAACAGAAAUUCCUGGAAAAACACCCAAUGUUACAGUGCAGUGGACACGACCAAACGAAAGAAACUGCAGCAUUACCAUGUAUUCAUUGCGCUACAAAGCAGUUCUACCUGCUGCCGAGAAGAUGACGGAAAUAAAUAUCACCAAUGCCAGCGUCACCAGUUUCGAGCUACAGUUCCAACACAGUAAGAAAUAUGAAGUCACUGUCCUUGCUUGGAAUAACUUGGGGCCCAGUGAGGCAAGCAAGGCAUGGGAUAUCAGCACAAAACAAUGUAAACACACUUUCUUUGGUUAAAUAAUUUUAAUUAAAAUAUAGAGAGAGCCAUAUUUCUGUUGCUGGAUGGACGUGUGUGUUUGAGCGUGGGCAGCCGCCGUGCUUUCAAAAGGUCGGUGAGCUAACCCACUUCGAAACCUGAACAUAUAUAUUUUACGUUACUUUUAUAACAUAAAAACACAUUCCUAACCAAUCUGGAUUUUAAUCCUGUUGAGUAAUUACGGAAAGAUAAUGAGUCCUUUGAUGUAGAGAUUGUGAUUAUUCCUAUAAGACCUGGAUUUCAGUGCAAUUUCACAUCGGCCAAUGGUACUAAAACUUACUGAAGAAAAAGAAAGAAACUAUUUUACUCCAUUAAAUCUCAUAGGCAACAUAAUUUAACGUUGCCCUCCUUUACCUUAACUUAUAUUCAUGACAACCGACUGUCACCAAAAAAGGAUCCAAGAAGGAAAUAAAUUAAAACGUUUACUAAUAAUUAAAACAAACUUUCCUGCUUAGAGUAAAUUGUGAUAAACAUACAGGAAAAAGCUUUUUUCACUGUGAGUGAUAGAAACCAUAUACUAAGGAUGACAAAAGUAGUAGCAGAAAAUAUGACUACUUUCUACAUAAUUUCUCUCACCGUAUUCAUCUCAAUUAUUCCACAUCAGGAUUUUCUCAGGCAGGAGCGUAGAUAUAUUUCUUGAAAGUAUUUGUAUACUCAAUGAUCAACGUUCAGCAGUCUGCUGUUAUCAUGCAAUUUUUUUUCUUUUUUGGUUUGAUUAAAAUAACUUUCACUUUUGAUAGAUGUUCCAUUUCGCGUUACGAAUUUGCAUUAUAAAGGAGGCUGUGGCUCCAUCAACGUCACCUGGAAUGCACCAUCACGUGACGCCGAGGGAGGAAUAGUGACAGGGUACCUUGCACAGAUAAAAGAAGUCAGUUCUAAAGAACCAUGGUUUAACUGGACAACAAAUAACGUUUCUCAGUCAACUCAGUCAUGUCUAUUUACCCAACUUAAGAAAAAGCGCGAGUAUCAUAUAAGAGUAAUGGGGCAGAACAACAUGGGAUAUGGUUGGCCUUCUGAGAUGUCAAAGGUAUCUACGAUUCAAGCAGGUGAUUAGUGACGAACUUUUGUCAAGUGUGACCCAAUUUGUCAAACCGAAUCCAGAUCCAAUGACUGUCUCUCCACGUUCAAAUUAAACUUGUAAGGAUUAAUUGUGUCUCGUGGGUUGGGAGGUUGCUCCUCCUAUCUCAAUUACAAACGAAGCUCUCGUAAGCGAUCGCCUUUGUAAUUCGUAAAAGUCCUCGCACUCCUAGGGCUGGUCUAGAUUACGAAAAUCAAAUCGAAAUCUCUUUUUGAAACAACCAUGUGAUAAACCUAUUGGGGACGGUCGCUUACGAUAACGUUUCGCAGAAAGGUUAGUACACGUUAUUAAUUGCCCAUACAUUCGUUUUUUCAUUACAGUAUCUUAUUCAAACUGUAAUGGGAUAUUAGAGCCGGAGUUAUGUUAUGUAUUAUCCCAAGUUUGAUUACAGCUAUGAUUCUCUUAUUAUUCUUAUUAUUGAAUGAGUAGUCGCAAUCAAACAAGCCAUAGUCCGGCGGUAUAGGUAGAAAUUUCAGGUGAAUUCUGCACUUUUUGUUACAAACAUGAAAUUUGGCACACUGAUAGUGUUCACCAAUACUAGCAUUUUCAGAUAUAGUACCAGGCUGGAAUUACGUUGGUUUCCAUAGAAACCAUAAUUAAUUAAAAUUCAUGAAAAUUAACUUAAAUUCAUUUUUCCUAGUCUAUCAGGACAUAGUAUCAUUUCAAUCGGUGAUAGUACCAACCUGUUUACCACGUACAUCUUGUUUAUCACACGCCAUUUAACCUUAACUAUGUAUUGUCAUGGCAACGGUAAGCAACAGAAAGCUAAGACUACAACUAAUACCACUGGAUAAAGUUAAUGUGCAUUUAGUUGGUUUGAUCAAUAUAUGUAAAACAACUAACAUCUUUGCACAUAGCUUCGUUGCCUAGUUGAUUUCACUUUUUCGUUACAGAAUAUACUUAAGGUGCUUCUCUAGUUCUGCACUGUGCACCUCUCACUGUGCCUAAGAAGAUGGCCACCGUGAAAAAGAGCUUUUUAGCUCCUGCAGAAACAUCGAUAGAAGAGAAACUUUAAUGGAAGUUUCCAUAGCAGUUUUUUUCUGGCUGAGAUGAGCUUCAAAGUGUUGAAAAUCUGCAUACGUAUCAUCCUCACCAAGGUCUUCGAUAGUCGAUGCUGGAGGGUCUGGAUGGGGAUGUACAAAGUCAGUUGUUAGUUAAAAUUUUGGUCAUUUGUCAGUUGUUAGUAAAAUCUUAGGCUUUUUGUCAGUUGUCAGUUAAAUGAUUAUUAAUAAUUAACUACGAAACUUAUUCUUGUUUAUUUUUUAUCCGAAAUUUAGCGAAAAAGGUACAUAUAAUAUGAAUUAAACAUUAAAUUCGAAAACUUAUACAACAGUGCUCCAUUUCUCAAGUCGUGUGUUACUCUCCUCCGCACAAACGUUUUUGCUGGCCAGAGUCGAUAAUUUCCAACCAUUAAGCCAAUCAAAAUUUAUACCUUCAGAAUAUCACUGCUAAGAUUACCCAUAUCAACGCAAAUUUGAUCACAUUGUCGGGCGAAAAGAGUAAAACAAUGCUAUCAGUUAAAAGGCCUUAAGAACGGGUUUUUAGAAAAUAAAGCACAAUUAGGUUCUCUGCAACUUGUCAGUAAAACCCAGGGCAAAUGUCAAUUGUCAGAUAAAUUUUAGGCUAUUUGUCAGUUGUCAGUUAAAAUUUGUCAGUAGUCAGUUAACUCCAUCCAGACCGAAGGGUCAAGGGACUGGCCAAAUAAAUUCUCUAUAACGAGGUUUCGUUAUAUCGAAAUUGUUUUUUUUAUAUUUUCCAUUGCUGGGGUAAAGAAAAUCGUUCGUUAUACCAAGGACUUCGUUAUAUCGAGGUUCGUUAUAUCGAGGUUCCACUGAAUUUUAAUUCAUGGUUUCAGUAACAAAAAUACUUCAUUUCGAAAAAAAAAAUGUCAAAAAAUCUAUGUUCAGUAUUUUGUCAAUUCCAUGACCAGCGGAGAGAGAAGUUGUAUCACACACAGUUAGGACAUAGAAGACAGGUAGAAACUUCGAUUUGAAUGGAACAAGAGCCUUUUCAGAGAGAUAACUGCCUAGGAUGUUGUGAGGUUUUUCUUUCCUAUAGGACACCCAAAAUUCCUUCAAGUCUAAAUAGGCCUGUUUCUCGAGGCUCCAAGAUAGUGGGGAAAACGGAGCGAGAAGAAAAGGGCGCAUGUUCGAAUUACGACUGAUGACUAGUGGUGUUUUUCUAGUGUGCUUUUUCUCCGUGCGAACAGAAACCUACUCGAGCGUGUCCAUUGGCUGGUGUGGAUUCCUACAGUCAUUUUUCUUUUUCAUCAUGCGAUCCAGUUGCAUCCUGUUGAACGCGUCUCGACAUGCCCUAUGCCACAUAGCAAACGACUUGCUAAAGUGGAAGCAAGUCCAUUUCCCACGCCAAAAUAUUUUCAUUCCACUGCUGAACUUAAUUUCUCCGCCUCACAGAAUGGCGUUAAGUCUUGUUCAAAAGUAAGGUAUCCAGCACGAGAAUCGUUCGGUCUCUAGUUAACAGGACACUGAGGUUUUUCAGUUGUGUCCUUCUGGCAAAUAACACAUUUAAAACAGUCAAUAGCUUGAGGAAGCGACCUGUUUCUUGCGCCCUAGCUAGAAUUAACCUAUUUCUUACUUCCUAUUUUUAAACCGGCAUUUUUCUCUUCUAUAUAACUAGAAUAGUUUCUUUUCUAGCUGCACGGAGUCGCAUGCACAUUUAGAAUGAGAUAUUGCAAACUCUUACCAUCCGAACCAAGAGAAAGAAGAGAAAAAGUAUGUGCAGAAAAAUUCCAAAUUACAGCCUGGAUUUAUAUAAUAAAAAAAAAGUAAAUAACAAUUCGCAUCUAAAUUUAACAUCUGUAUUGUUUUACCUGUAUUUUGAAAUAAGACGUGCAUUAGAUCUAACCAAAAAAAGCAAAACAAACUACUUCGCGUGGGGAGGUCUCGGGUCUGAUAAUUUCAUCUGCUGCUAAUUAGCUGGAACUAGAAAAUUUAACUUGGCACUAUAUCAGGAAUUGACCAGCCUGUGAAUGUAAAAAAUCAAAAAUCAAAAAUCGCAUGAUUCUCUAGCUAAGCCGCCGUUAACUGCCAGAGGCGGUCGAUCACUUCAAGAGCUUUUCGUUACAUAGCGUUUUUAGUAAUAGUUCAAACAGUUCUGGUCGUAACUACAGCUGGAGAGCUUACUAGAGUGGAGGCAAGGAAGCCUCGACUGGAUCAAGGAUUUGGUUAAUAAUCGUAGCAAAGGACAACCUGGAUCUCCAGCUGCUUUGACGCCGACAGCCAUAUACGGCUAUAGCUUUCAGAUAUCCCACGGAUAAAAUUAGCUCAAACAUUUUAUUGAAAAUUUACAUUUGAAUUUCUUACUGCUAUACCUUAAUCUGAAAUUAUGAUUUAAUAACAAAAGUUGACAACAACAACAAGAUACGCACACGCUUUAAGAUAUAUGUUGGAAUGUUCUUUUAGCUAUAGGGUAAUACAUUUUCUCGUCUUCUUAUUGCUAUGUUGUGUUUUAUAGGUGCCCCUAGCUCGCCCGUGUUGGACAUUAUAUCGAGCCAAAAAGAAAAUGAAUGUGCUGUCUUUGUAAGGCCCCUGGAACCACUGUCAAGUGACUGUCCUGUUGUACUUUUUUAUACAAUAAGCUACAGACGGCAAGGUGACAAUGAAUGGACCAGAUUGAAUAUUACAGAAAGCACUACCAAAAGCCAGAUCAAGAUCGAGACAGAAUAUUCUACGGAAUAUGAGUUCCAGCUUGUGGCGUGGAAUAAAGUGGGAUCAAGCCCCAUUACUAAUAAGACGUACACAACGAAAGGGAAUGAAAUGGCAUCAAGCCCCAUUACUAAUAAGACGUACACAACGGAAGGAAAUGCAACAAAGAAUAAUGAAAGAGGUAUAUAUGUGUUGCAGUAAAUUUUUAUUUCAGUUAAUUCUAAUGUCUCCUUUGUUUGAAAUUAAUUACCUUACAUUACCAUGCUCAAAAACAAUAGGAAAAAAAUUAACUUCAACAUAGCUUGCAAAGUGUCAGUGGUAAUCAUCGUAUAGAGCGUUUUCAUAUGACGACACGGUGGCGAUAUUCAGUGUUCAAAAACAAUGAAACAGCAGCCUCUUGUGGGAGUAAAUGCAUUUGAUGUGUAAAUGCUUCCUUUUCUCCAAUGAAUUUGCAUAAAUUCUGACCACACUGGUGAAAACGCUAAAUGGCAUACAUAGGAAAUUUCAGUAUUUGUCUCAAGAAUGAAAUACAAGAUGAUCCUGCUCACAUUUCUAUCCAUUAUAUUCAAGACACUAUAUAUUUAUCAUCUUUCUAGUAAAAUUGUAAGAUUAAAUUUACUUCUAAGGACGAAAUGCAGUCCCAGGGAAGUUGUGGCGUAAUUCUUUUCAGCUACAUGCUACAAUAGUUUGUAUUUUCGUUUUAUGUCCGGCAUACUGAACACAACGUUUUCCUUUAAAAGUAACCAUAUUAUCUUGUGACACCCGUCGGUGCGGGAUUACGGCGUCUCCUCAGGUUGGCAUGACCAAUACUGUGAUACACAGUGUACUUUAUAUAUUGAUUGUUGAUUUCAGAAAUAUCCAAAAAUUUAUAAUUAAAGAGAUUCUCUGGGGGAGAAGAAUCUACAAACGUGACGACAAUUAAAACUCAAACAUCAAUAACUAAUCAGAAACGUACCGUACAGGAAGGUAAGACGCUGAAAGGAAAAAAAAUGUUAUAUUUAAAGUUACAGGUAUCUCGUUGGAGUUGGUACUCAUCUAUACCUUCGCUGGUUUACUUUCAAUCAUGGGAGCUGUACUGCUGGCGGUGUGUAUCAAGUAUUACAGAAAUACAGGAAGACGUUCCACCAAGAGGUGUGUAGAUACAAUCUGCUUUAAACAUUCCACCUAUUCCUUUUUCAUAUUGAAAGAUGCAACCGUACCAUACCUGUAUACUUGCUUGUAAAUGAGCCGUCUCAACUCAUUUGACGUGUAAAUGGACCUUUAGAAUGCAUCCUUUGUUGCUGCCAGUGAGUGAGCCUGAAGCGAGCGAACCAGGCAGCUCUCUAAUCGGCAAAUUACAUUAUGGGGGGCAUUCAAUCACCUUUCCUUACCAAACGCAAGGAAUUGUGGUUAUGCGCGACUCAAAGAUUUAGGAUGCGCAAUGGACUCGUAGGAAUUGUGGUUAAGUGCGAAUGGAAGAUAUAGGAUGCGCAGUGGACUCGCAAGGAAUUGUGGCUGUGCUGGAAUGGGAGAUUUAGACCCUGUUUACAUGGAGUGGGGGACCCCGGUCUAGUGGGCUAGGUUUCUUUUGUUUUCACACUCUAGGGGACACAAAACAAAAGAAACCUACCCCACUAGACUGGGGUCCCCCACUCUAUGUAAACAGGGUCUUAGAAUGCGCAGUGGAUAACCACGUGCUUUCUUCUUGCACUGAUUUUCAACUUCAAUUUGAAUAAUUUGCAAUCUCGUUCAAGUAUGGAAACAAGAGGUCUAAUUAGAAAACAAACAACUUUGCACGUGCUGCAUACUUUUGCAGUUGGCCGACACAUUUUAUAAGUUCGAUAUUUUGACUACAGUGAUCAGGGUUAAGCACUGAAAAUACUAAUUUAAGCAUUAACCAUACUGAUUAGGGUUAUGCCCUGAAAAUAGUAAUUAGGGUUAACGGUUAGCUUCUAUUUUGGGUUGGGGUUUACGCUAUAAUAUUUGUAUAAAAUCACCAACUUGCAGAGAAAUCACGGUGGUGUAGUGGUUAGAUUAGUGGUAUGCAGACCCUAUGCUCCGGGAUCGAAUCCGCUUUUUCCGAGUGAAUUUUUUUCCUUUAAAAUUAGAGAGACUUACACUUUGACAACAUUUGUUGAUCACAAACUAAGUCUCUCAGUCUAUUCUAAAUCGACGUAUGAUAGUUUGGUCUGGCUGAGAUUCUUCGAUUUGUCAAAAUUAUUGAAAAAAAAAUAUCGGACUGCCGGUCAUUUAGUGUUUUGAAUAUCUUGACAGGUUACCGGCCAUAUAGCCGCUACCUUUAUUGUUUUCCGAGCAAAUUUCCUUCUGUUCUAAGAGGGAAUCACACAAUGAGCAUUAGAGCUACAAACCCCAAAUUUAUGUGUAAUAGUUAUCAGUAAUUGGACAUAACCGCCUUCCAAAUUGUUUAAAUUGGUGUUUGAUUCGUGACAUGGUUGGCCAAGUUAAUGUUGUGUUUUCAUUGUCGUUUCUCAAACCUAUCUUGUAGCGCAGAUCACUGUCGAACAAAUUUCCUUACACUUGGCAGAUAGAAUAAACAUUCUCAAACUCAAGAAUUUUAAGUUUCGUGGAGAUCGCACGAUUUUUGUGCGAACAGAAAGACUGAACACCAUCGUUAGAAAAUUUGCUCUUAUCUUCAAAUCAAAGCUUCAAAAUAAAUUUCAGUCAUUCAUUUGAAAGCGAGAAUGAUUGAACUUACACAUAUCAAAAAUCGAGAAUUAUUUGGCCACUUCUGACGCGACGCGAGCACAUUAAAAAAAAAAAAAAACUAAAACUGGCUCACAAUUAUGUGAGUCACCUUAAACGCGAUACUCAAAAGGAAGAUAUAAUAAUAAUUUCUAAAUGUAGAUCAUCACUGACAAAGAUUUUGGAUAGCCCUCUUAGCCUCAUAUCACCUUCUACUAAAAAGUUCACACUUAAUUUUCCAUUUCUUCACUAUUCCUUGCCCACGGCAGCAUUUCUACCCUUAAGGUAUACUAGUAUUGUUUAUAGUCAGUAAAGCAGAGCUUCCACGUGGAAGUGAAGUUGUGGAUCGGAACACCACGGAUAAAAUCUGGUAAACAAGCGAUGCUUAAGUUUAAAAUUUGUUCGGUCAAAUUUUUCCAUUUCAUUUAAUUUGGCGUUCUAGGACUACAAGGGACAUCCAAGUUUUGGAAGGUUGUGAAAUUCCUCCAAUCCGAACAGAAUUUCUUGAAUUGUUGGGUGAAGGAGCAUUUGGAAAGGUUCACAAAGCUACACUAAAGGACGGUAUGGCGUACUUUGAAGACGAGCGAGACUGGGCUAGCAGGCCUAGGAAGCAGAAAAUUAUUGCGGUCAAAGAGCUUUUUGGUGAGUUCAAGUGUGUUAACUUAUAGACGUUUUGCUUCUCUUUGCGUGGUGACGAUAGUAACCAUUUAUUUAACACCAGCCUUGUUUCCAGAAAUGAAGGCCGGCCACAUGUCCAAAAGCCACUUGGAUAUAAUAAAUUAACGAUGCAUGAAAUGGGAAAUCAAAGCUUACGUUAUGCGGGAUUUAAGCGGCUGUGUAACAGUCAGAAAUCAGUAAGGGUUCACUGGCCGAGAGAUCCAGGGGGCGAUCGGGGCCUGUUACAUCUUUGCCUCGACGGUAACCGCCGUUACGGUGAUCGAUGAUUUGUUUUUCUAUUUUUUUUAAUUGUACCCACCUAUCGGCAAUUACUUGAACACCUAUCCUUUUUGUCCCCAGAAAAUGCUAGCGAAGAAGAGAGAAAGGAAUUUAUGGAUGAAAUAGAGCUCAUGAAGAAGGUUGGGAAGCACCAAAAUGUUCUGAGUUUCUUUGGUUGCUGGACCACAACUAAACCAAUUCUACUCAUGGUAGAGUAUAUCGCUCAUGGAGAUUUGCUUCAUUGGCUUCGACGUAAAAGAAGCCAGGUAUCAAAAAUAAGGAUCAGGUGACAAUGCAAUUAAACACAAACAUUCCAUUUUUUCGUACCUCUGUUCAGUUAUAGGUCUGACUGAAAUGUUCUAACUAGCGAAAACAGAAAUUUCGGCUCAUUGGUUCUUAGUGUUCUUACCACAUUCUGGUGCCUUCGGUGAUCUAUAUCUAAAGAUGCGCGACAAAUCUUGUCGGUGAGUCUUUGGUAACGAGAAAAAAUCUACCCUUAGAAAAAAAAAAAGAAAGAAAGAAAUGAAAAGGAAAAUAAAGAUAGACUGAACUUGUUGGAGAAGAAGUUCCAGAAAAUACCUAAGCCAAAGAAAAAAAUCACCUCGACCUCUUUUCUAGCAUUUUACAAGAACGUUUUUUCACAGGAAGCGCCAGUCUGUUAAAAAGCAAGGCUAACAGUGUUACUAUUUCCCUGAAGGCCAGAUAUUUUGUAUAUAUAGUAAGAUAAAUCAAAACGAGAUCCUCGCUGUCUUGCUUUAUUGCUUUUAUUUUUUUAUGUCGCCUAUGAUUAGAUAAGCAGUUCUAUGAUAAAAGUCACACCGGGGGCUGCCAAAGACAAAGAGCUGUAUGCUGGGACACCAACUUGGAACAGACUCGCGAUUGGCGAUCAGGUACAUAGCAGCUACUUAAAAAUAACAUAUGCGAGGAGCCAUCCCUACCCAAUCCCACAACCCGUAAAGGUUGGCCACACCACCGGGGUCUACGACCCCUACUCUUUUCGAAUAGUGAUGGGGGUUCUUUUACGUCUCACAAGAACAAAUCAAUGUAAGUGCUGUGAGACGGGAACUACGGUUUUUUGUCCUUUUCCGAAAAGACUAGAAAUGCUAACCAUUUGUAGAUGUCAUUACAAAGGCAGCACUUUCUUCUCAGUUAUUUAAAGACCCUGAGUGUUGGUUGAAUCCGCGGCCUCCCGCUCGGAAGACCGGCGCGCGCGUUCUCCCAACUGAGCUAACCAGGCGGCGGUCUUAAAUAUUUAUUUCAGUUAUAACAUUUAUUACUAUGAAAGCUAAUCUUUAAUCAGUCGAGAGAACGACUGGAGAACUGACAAUUUGACUAACAAUAGACGACUGUUUAACUGUGACAAUAGACGGAUCGAAACGCACCAAUUGCUGAUUACGAGUCUUCAUAGCCAAUAACAUCACGGCUUAACUGACAGACGACCGAUAACAUCGCGAUGUAAUUGACCAAUCAGAUCAAUAACCAGAGUAUAAAACCAUCAACUGACACGAUACAACUCACUUUGACUCUGAAGAUGACUAUCUACCGCACAGGUUGUCGAAACGUCAGUCACUGUCAACAACAACAGUUCUAUUCAGGACUACGUUCACCCGGACGAUCAAACUCAACCUACUUUUGAAAGCUAAUCUUGCAAAUUACUUAGAAUUUCCUUUUUUGGUGAGCCGCAUUAAAUUAAGGAUUAUAAAGAAUUACUCCUUAAGCAGUCAAAAAUUGGUUUAAGGUGUUUCGAUACAGUUCUUGUAAGACCAUAACCGACAUUUUUAAAAAUAUAGCCUCAUUAAGGCAAAAUCGAUAUCACUAUGUUAGCAAUAAUCAAAAACCUCUGAAAUCGAUAAAAGCCGAAUUGAACCUGUUGCUGAAAAUUUCGACAGCAGAAAAUUAAAGGUGCGCAUCAAUUUGGAAAAAUAAGCAUAACGUUAAAACUGCAAAUUUUGGCCGUUUCGUAGGUUAGGUUCGUCUUGAAAUUUUCAAGUUGUUGCAUUGCAUCGAUCAAGUUUCAUACAUUAUUAUUUAGUAUAUACGCACUCAGUGAUCUUAGUGAUUUAAGCAAUAUGAUUGGUUCGCUGUCUCAGACCAUUCAACAAUAUUCACCUCCCAGCGAGUGGAUAAUGUGUGAGCUCGGUGUUUUUCCUAUUUUUUUAGAGAACGACCUUUCAAAAGUCGACAAAUUCUCAGGCUUGACCUUUUUAAGGCAAGAAGAGACUUCGAAGGAUUCAAAACGGCUUUUUCGUCCAUUUACCUGAAUUUUGUGCUCGAUGGUAUGUUAACAACUCCUGUUUAUUUGCAUAGAAGAGGCCGUUUCGUGAAUUCAGCGUUUCCUAACAAGAAAAAAACUUUGCACAAAAAUGGAAGUCUACAUAUGACAAACAAAAAUGAAAGCAAAUGUUUGCUGAACUUCUAUGUUUCGAGUUGAAUACGACAAAGAAUGCUACAGGAAAACGACGCCUCACCUCGAGCAACCUAGCCGCCUCACUCGCCUUCGUGCGCAGAACGGCACAGCAAACAACAAACAACAAACUUGGUGAGUUAACAGAAAAUAGCAAAGUUCCCUUUUCUUCUCAGGUAAGGAAACAAUUCAAACUUUUAACGGUUCCAUUUAACACAAUUACGCUGUCGUUUGCGAAGUGAUAAACUUGCGAAUUGGCAUACUUGAAUGUUCUGCGAAGAGUAUCUUUCGCGCAUGUACGUUACAUGCAAUUUUUUCACGCUAGCUCUGUCAAUCAAAUAGUACUCUUUAAUGGUUCCUUUUCUGAAUUCGAAGAGAUCACUUCGUGUGUAUAUACUAAAACAAUUAUUCUUUUCAAUCUCGGUGAGUAUUGGCUUUAGGAAUAUGUACCUCGAUUUCAAAGAAUAUUGUUUUUUGAAAUUCAUUCUAUUACUUGGCAAUUUAAAACAACCAAAAAAUCAUUCAGACUGAUUAAAAUUUUUUAUUUGACGCCCGGCAGUAAGUGGUUCCUAGAAGCAUUUAAACGAGUCUUACUUUAAAAUGACGCCAAUUUUAGAACAUUUUUUCAGUAAUCUGACUACGUGAAGUUUCAAGCCGGUGUCAUUUCAGUCUAGAAAUUUUAAAGUUGAGUGAACUGCAGCCAGAAAGUGCCUUAAGGCUUUCAUAACAACUUAAAUAGUUAGCAAAACACUACUUUUUUCGCGGUCAAAUAUAUGACAGGAUUUCGCAAAGAAUAGACAACAGGCUGAUUAUAAAACGUAGUACUCGUCAAAUUUCGAACAAAUUAUCACCUUCUUAUCUGCUAAAACCGGCCUAUGGUUUAAAGCCAAGAGCCCGCUGAAACUAGACCUAGAUCCAAUUUUCAUGAGCUGAGAACUGAUUUUCCAAGGCAACACCGACGAAAUGUUUUUAUGGCUGGCACAGAAUAUUUUGGUGCAACAGCUCAACCACACGACCAUAUACCUGAGUUCUGCCUGUCAACACUAUGCGGAAAUCACACAAUCACACACUUUCGCGGCACUGAUACGACUAUCCAAAACCAAUUUUUAAUGUGAACUGAUGACGUCAAUCGUGCAGCGAAAUUGCCAGUUUAUUGAACGGUUAACUGAGAAGACCUGGGGACGAGCUGGAGUUGUUUUGGCAGUGAAUACACAAUGGCGGAACAUUUCACUCGUUUCACGAAGAAGAAUAGGCGAACCGUAUUGGCUAAAAACAUAACAAAAACAACAAGAAGACAACUCGACGGACCACAUCUGCUAUUUGGAGAAUAUUUGCAGAACUGAACAACCCUUUUUCUCCGAAACCUGCCGAUAAUUAUUCACUAUCGAAGAUGAACUCAACAUCGAUGAAGGUAGGCAUGUUUAGCUUGUUUUAAACUAGGAAUUAUUUCCGCUUUCGUUUCAUCUGAAGAAUUAUGGAGAUCUCGGGGGGUGUUAUCCGCGUCGGCCGUCCUCUAUCUCCAUAAUUCUUCAGAUGAUACGAAAUCCGAAUUCAAUAAUUGCUAAAUAUUAUGUUAUGACUGAACAAUCUAGGAUGAGAGGUCAACUGAAACGAUAACAGUUAACAUGGGAGCACCGAGACUCACAACGUGGUCUGCUUUUGAUGUGAUGGAGCAAAACGACUGUUAUGUUAAUCGUAAAGAGGAAUGCAAAGUCCCCAUGCUGGUAUCUUCGGCACCAAAUCAGGUACAUUUCAAGGUUUUUUAAUCGUAAAAAGUUCCACUAAGUCUAACCUUAAAUUCAGACCGUCUGGGACUACAUUUUAUGAUUAGUCGACCAUACAAGUUUAUCUCUUGUCACUACGUCAUGAUCCCACUUGGUCUUCUUCUUGAAUUCGCCAUCUUAGAAGACUUUGAUCAUGUCAGUUUGAUCUUUACGUUUUAAAAAGCCAGUAAAUAUUGGACCAAAACUAAUGAAAAUAAUGGAAAAAUUCUCAAGUAAUCUUAAAUUUUAAAAUACUGUACAAAGAUGCAAGCAAGCAAACAAACAAACAAACAUUUCAUGGAUCGAAGGAACUGAAGUUGUGAGCGUCAGUCGCUUUUCACCUCGAAACAAAAACUAAUUAACGUCAUACAUUAUCUCAAGCGAAUAAAAUCUAGGAACUAUUCAAGACAAAUAUUUUAGCGAGAACUAUUACACUAGACAUUUUGGUACCUUCUAAAAAAUCUAAGAGCACUCCGAAAUAAUUGACAACUCAAGACAGUUUUAAAUUCUGGUUUCAUGCUGUGUAUUCCGGAUUCUUAGUACUGCAUUGCGGAUUCCUUGUCAGCGGAACUUGGAUUCCAGACUACAGUCUUUAGAGGGGUUAAAGAUUCCUUGAACUGAAUUCUUCCAAAGCACAGGAUCCUGGACCCAUCACAAGCAAAAAUUUCCCGGAUUCCGGAAUCCGGGCAAGAAUGUCCAACAAAAUACUGACUUUGAAAGAGUUUGGUCAACUUUUUCUGAUGAAAUUCUUGUGUUGUUGAAAGUUUUAGCAAAAUCCGAUCAUACUCGUGCUGUUUUCCCAUUGAGAGAGAUGCUUGAUAACUUUCGUAAUAGGAGGUCAAAGUAUACGUUGCUAUGUACUGUCUAGGAGGUCGAGGAAACAAGCGACGUGCUUGGGACAAAUGCUGAACCUUGUACUAUUAACAUGAUGCAACAAGAGGAAGCUGAUUUUGAGAGCGAGAAUGAAUGCAAAAUACCCUUGAUCGUAUUCUCCCCACCAAAUCAUGCACAGGUAAAGGAAGUUUUAUAAGUUAUAGACAAAACUUUUAUUAUAUCAGCUCCUCCUCCUCUUCAAAAAAUCGUUCUCCUUUUCAAACAUUUUUAGGUUUGUAAACGUUCAACGCAUUUCCAAAAUAAUCGUAGAGUCAUUGAUUUAGAUUCAGCAUCGCGCUAUACAAAAUUAUCAUGUUUCAGGGCCAAAACACCUGAAUUGGGAAGUGUUUCGUCAAAGGCAUAACCAACAAUCUAAGCGCCAUCCAGGCUUUUAUGAUUGACUUCUAACUACUUAGGAUGAGGUCAUGUUAUGCCAUCUUUAAAUAGCAUAAGUUCUUUACGUUUGACUUAAAAUUCAGUAGCUACUCAUAAUGAUAUCUACAAGUUACCUGUUAAGGGUAGUGUUUCGCGUAUAAACAUUCUCACUGAAUCAAUAUACGGUAAAUCCUCUAUAAAGCCCGUCAGAGGAUGCUGUGAUGUAUUAUUUUUUCAAGGACGUGUCAGGGGGGUAGUUAGGAGAGGGGGGCUUAUUUAAUUUAGAAAAUAAUUAUCGAUGAUAUCAGUCUUUGAUAAAGGGCUAGAUUGCCAAGUGGAAAAAGCUCAAGUAUUUGAAUUUGGAGGUCAAGUAACUAAAGAUCAAGAACAAAUUCGAGCUUCGAUUCCAGCACGUGAAUAAAAUAAACCAUACCAGUUCAGUACACAUGAAGUGCCUUACAGCUAUGACUUAUCAAUACAGUCCAUUUGUUACUAUGAAUUAUCACGUGCACUAUUUAGAAUACAGAGGGCGUUCAAAACAGAACAAAUAAAUCCGAAGCAAGUGAGGGACCCUCAAGUUUUCCUGACGGCAAGAUAGAGCAAAGAGAAGGUGGUUUUGACGAUGACGAUCAAUGCAAAAUCCCAAUGACAGUGUUCUGGUCGUCGAUCCAUGAAGAGAAUGCUGCACCAAAGGCAGACGACAAAGAGUGUGAUAACGAUUGUGAGACGUUUCAUCCAACUGACGCGAUGUCCUUUGCGUGGCAGAUAGCACGAGGAAUGGUGGGUUGUAUCUCUUGAAAAAACAUGACCUGUUAUAGCGCUGCUGCAGUAGAAUUUUCUAAUUUUACAAAUCAAGUAAAGGUGUAUAGUUUUAAUUUAAACCUGUUGUAAAGAUAGUAUCACAGAAAAUGAACGUAUUUCGGAAAAAAAAAACAAAAACAAGCAACUAUCAAGCAACAAAAAAGAUUCCAUCGUCCGUUAGUUUGUGUGUUGUUGUAUAUUUUGACAUACAUUUUUAUCAAGGAUGACUUUAACUUUUAAAGAAUUGAAAGCGAAAAAUAGGAACCUUGUUAUUGAGGUCCACAAUCAUGAUGGAAAUUAUUCAAUGCGCCACCGACAGCGUCAUUUACGGUUUCACGAGUUGUGCCGAAUAAAACUGGUACUUUUUUUUUUGACUAAAGAACCAUUUUUGGCCUCUAUCAAACUAGCAAAUUGUUAUAUCUAAUUACUUAUCUCAUUAAAGUAAAUUUCCACUAAUUGGGUGUACACUUUUCAGAGCUACCUCUCUGAGAAGGGCUUAGUUCACAGAGAUCUGGCAGCGAGAAACGUUCUUGUCGGACACGGUAAAAAACUUAAGAUUGGAGACUUUGGUUUGAUGCGAGAAAUGUAUCAUGAACUGUAUGAAGUUAAGAAGCAAAAGAAACUGCCCAUCAAGUGGUUGGCGCCAGAGGCGAUUUUUGAGCAGAUCUUUACUUCCAAAAGCGACGUGUAUGUACUAUAUUCAACAUAUAAUACAGCCAAGUAUAACACCGAUUUAACGACACUGUGCAAGUAAGCUGUAAAAUUCCGUUAAUUUGUGUGUGGGUGUGUGUGAGUGUGCGCCGCUGUUUAAGGCUUUUCUAUGACUAUAUAUCGAACUUAGAAGUGAAGAAUUCCCUUGAGUGCAUUAGUUUCCGCUGUAAUUAGUUACGGACUGGGUUGAUUAAAAAAUGUUCCUCUAAUUGUGAAUUCAACCGUCUUGUUUUCAUUCGAUUUCAUACCCCGCCAUAAGCAAAUGUUAAAUACUAGAAAAAAAAAACACAUUUCGCUACAUGUACGCCAUGAUUUAAACCAAUCAUAAUACAGUAGCAACACUAGUCUUGGGAAGCGUUAUUCAAAGCUCUACGUUUUGUGCCCAUAAUACAACAUUUUAGGCUCAUUUAUCUUAUUUUAUCUUAUAUUGUUUUUUAUUAUUUUAGGUGGUCAUAUGGAGUCGUUAUGUGGGAAAUUGCAACCUUAGGUAAUAGUCUUACUUUCACUUACUUUCUUUUGCCUCCUGCGUAACUUGCGUAUACGUGUAUUUAUUUAUUUACCAAAUGCAUUUUCGCUCCCCUCCUUUGUCCCUCCCCAUGAGAACCACCCGCUUGCGCUGAAUCUUUAAACCUUAGUCAUCUUUCAACGCCAGGAUGGUUGAGCUAAAUGAUGACUGGCGAGAGGUUUUGAAGAAAUUCUACCUGCGAGGGGUUGUUAAUGAGGAAAAACAAGAAACUGAAUAGAUUGCUUUAUCAUUCAUCAACUUUAAAUUCACUACAUGACUUUCACGAAGCAAAGAUUGGAUAAUUCUAUAACCUUUGCAAGCCUAAGGCACGCGUCCUAAUUGUUCAUUGAAACAACAGAUUAGUUUCCAUCAGUAUCUACUAGACACAGAGUUAAGUGAGUAGAUCUUCGCCUGUAUUCGAUACUAAAAGAAAUCAUAAGUGGCGAGCCAAUCUUUUUUUAUUGCAGGAGGUUCGCCUUAUCCACUUCUUAACAAUGCUGAGGUCAUGAGUCUCCACCGAACAGGACACCGAAUGCAAAAACCUGACUUGUGUUCGGACAACUUGUAAGCCAUCAGAAUUCCUAGACAUCAUUCAAAAUAUUUUUCGUUUGUAAUGACAUUAUUUUCUCUGCUAUCUACGAGGCUUUUAAAAAUAGGUUCCAAAAUUAUACAGUUUUCAUCAGAAAAGGUCCUUGUAUGGCCGAUUCGCUUGUCUAAAAAUUAAUAAAUUCGCAGUUUGCGCUCAAAAUGGCUGGACACGGCUAGCUUGCGAAAACAGCUGGCACUCGUCGCUCCUCGUCGCCCCUAGGGACGUUUCUUGCGCGCGAAACAACUUUCGGGUGGGACACGAGAUGCCCCUGAAGGCAUCAUGUCUGUUACUGCAGCAGCCCAUUGCUACCCACUUUUGUAAAAACGGGCUUUAAGAAAAUCUGACAACACUCUCUAGGGCUGGUAUCCAUCCCAUCCUUGUCCGUCUGAGGGUUAAAUAAAAGGACUGUAUUUUGUUAUCUGUUAGCUACGCCUUUAUGAUGGACUGCUGGAAACAGAACCCGGAUGAACGACCAAGUUUUCGGGAGCUGGUUGAAAGGCUGGAAAGAACCAUGACUGAGCAAGUUGAAUACCUUGACCUGAAACAUUUGGACGAGACUAAAGCGUACUAUCAAGUGCAAGAGACCAAAACGGGCGAAAUAGGUGGCGACAGCGGGCUUGGCAUGCACAGAGCUGCUUCGUCAAUUUCAAUCGCUCUUUAGGUUAGACCUUCCAUCCUUAAACAGCAGCCUGGCCGGGAAUGUUCUAGUUAAUAAGUAACUUCAAGUCAGUGGGUUUGGUUAAGCUCAAACAUUUAAUUCUAACUUAAGAGUCGUUCCUUACAAAAGUAGAUUGCUUGUGACGGUUAAACCAGUUUUUUUGUAGGCUUAAGUUUUAUGGUCGAUUUAAUUUAGACGUACUAAUCGAUUUUAAAAAAUACUUAAAUGCUAACCUGGUUUAAAACAGUUUUUUACCCAAAAUAGCGGCUUUUAAAUUUGAACGAAACACCCCAAAAUGCGUAAGAGAGAUUUGAAAAAAUAAGAUUUAGAAGUGUAUCACAGAAAGCAACCCCUAAUUGUUUUAGUUUUAAUUGCCGUAGCUUAUACAAAAGUAGAUUUUAGCUGAAAGUCUAAAUCUGAACAUCCAUCCGGUUUGAGGUGAAAAAUCUGAUUUCGGAUUCAAUACUGAAGUUCAAUAUAAAAUAUAACUUUCACAGUCACGCAUUAAUACUUUACUAGAAGGUAUAAAACGCGUGUGUGUGUGUGUGGUUUUUUUGUCUGCUUUUUUGUAGUUAUAGUGUGUGGCCAUUCACCUUUUUCACAUAGACCAUUAUGCACCUUCUUGACCUUUGAACAUUUUGCAUACCUGUUGUCUUCGAUUGCGGCUGUAAGACCCAGGAGUAAUUGAAAUUUAUUUAUUUAUUUAUUUAUUUGCGGUGGGGGAACAAGGUGCAUUAUGGUCUACAUAAAAUGGUGACUUCUUCAUUCAGUCUCAACUCAAAUUAAAUCUCGUGUAUCACCUGUGGCAAAGUUAACCUUAAAUUGUGUGGAACCGACAAAAAUUAAAACUAAGGAAUAAAAGGAG